GUAAAGAUUGGAAUGGACUUGACCAAAGUGGUUUUGCCGACCUUCAUUCUGGAGCGGCGUUCGUUGCUUGAAAUGUACGCAGACUUCUUCGCCCACCCGGACCUUUUCUGCAGCAUAGCAGACAUGCAGAGCCCCCAGGACCGCAUGAUCCAGGUGGUGAAGUGGUACCUGUCAGCAUUCCACGCUGGCCGCAAGAGCGAGGUUGCAAGGAAGCCCUAUAACCCCAUUCUGGGAGAAGUCUUCAGAUGCUACUGGGAGGUCCCGGGGGUGCGUCCAGAAGGGGAGACUGUGCCAGACGGGCCCGUUCCUUGGGGCACGAACAACAACCUGUGCUUCGUGGCCGAGCAGGUCUCUCACCACCCCCCCAUCUCUGCCUUCUACGCAGAGCACAAGGCCAAGCGCAUCUCCUUCUGCAGCCACAUCUGGACCAAGUCGAAGUUUCUCGGCCUGUCCAUCUGUGUGUACAAUAUUGGCCAGGGCUGUGUCUCUGUCAUGGAGCACGAUGAGGAGUACAUCUUGAACUUUCCCAGCGGCUAUGGGCGAUCCAUCUUGACUGUUCCAUGGGUGGAGUUAGGAGGAACUUGUCAGAUCACAUGCAACAAGACAGGCUAUAGUGCCAACAUUGAGUUCCUCACAAAGCCAUUUUAUGGAGGGAAGAAGCACAGAAUAUCUGCAGAGAUUCUGAACCCGGGGGAGAAGAAGCCGGUGUUGACAGUGGAAGGCGAGUGGAAUGGGGUGAUGACUGCCAAAUGGAGAGAUGGUUCGACAGAGACCUUCGUUGAUACACAGACCAUGGCCACAGUGAAGAAGAUCGUGAAGCCGGUACACGAACAGGCCCUCAACGAAUCACGGUUCAUGUGGAGAGAAGUUACAGCUGGACUCAAAUUCAACCACAUCGACCACGCCACGGCAGCAAAGUGCGCCCUGGAACAGAAGCAGCGUGAUGAGGCCAAGUACCGCAAAGAGAACAGCAUCUCUUGGGAGACCAAACUUUUCAACCUGGUGGGGGACAACUGGAUCUACAACUCACCUCUUCAGAAGAGAUUAAGCCAGUGAUGCCUUGGGUGUCUGCUCUUUGCGUCAUAGGGGCAAUGUCCAUCUCGAUUGGUCAUGGCUUCUUGUGCAUUUUAUUUACUUCAGGUAGUGGCAUUCAUGGAGAGACAACACAGUAUGCUUCUGGCAGAUGCUGUGGAGGAGUUUUUUUUUUUCUUCUUCUUUUUUUAUGACUUUCCUCCUCCAGAAAAAAUAAUGGUGUUAGCACUGUCCAUUGCAUAAAGUGUUCUUUCAAAAAUACAGAAAAGCAAAGGUGAAAUAAUCAUUCCAGAAAUUUCAAAGUGCAAGUGUUGCAUCUUAGUCCACAUGUUAGGAUGUGUAGCAUUUUCAGCAGGGAGGGGGUGGUGAAUGUCAUGUGUGAUGACCUUGGGGUUUCUAAAGGCAGGCAAAGGAGAAGAAGAGGACCACACAUUGCAUUUUCUUCCCAUUGCAGUUGUUUUGACUGAGCAAAAGGUGUCGUUAACAUGGAAUAGCAAUAGUAAAUAAUAGCUGGUAACAUGUGAAUGGUGAAGCUGUUUUUUCUAUGCAAUCAAAACUCCUCUAGCUUUAAGAACUUAGGAAGAUUUAUUGUAUGUGAGAUAUUUAUAUUGAAGAAGAUGACUAGUAAAUGAAAAGAGAGUAAUAAGGAGGAUGAUUUUGUAGACGGAAUAACAAGAAGGAGACUGAAAUUGCUCAAGGGGAAAGGGAUGCUUUUCCUGAGCAUUCGAAGUCAGGUAAUUUAAAUGUGUAAAUACAUUUGUUGUAGAUUUGUGUAUGAGACAAGCAUGAUGAGAAGUUUUAUCAAAAGUCAUUAAUGUACAGUUUGUCCUUACCCACUGAUGAAAUAGGUGCCAUAAGCAUUUCAAGGUUCCUUCAGUUUGUUUUUUGUUUUUUGUUUUCCAAGAAGAUGAAGGGUGAAAGUUGGUGAACCAGCCAGAAGCUUAACUUGGAAAGAAAUAUGACUGAUGUGUAUUUAUCCCUGAAAACCAUAAUAACAUGCAAAGUCUUCUACCAUACCUGUGAUCUAUGCAAACCCUAAGAAGGGAGGCAGGAAUGCAGUCUUUAUAUACAAGUUAUGAUACCAUUAUAAACAUCAUGUUAGUUAAACAGGGUACCAUUUUGUGGGAACCAAAUCGUAUCUCUGUUACUAUUUAUCGAUAAUCUUAUUUUUGGACUUAAAGCCUGAAGCUUCAUUUUGAAGGCAGAUUAAUUUCUCAUGAUUGCAAAAAAGCCACGUAUUCUGCUCCCUGUUUCUGAUCACUUUCCCAGAGAUAGCCUGUUUUUCGUGAGUGUUGGAUUUGCAAUGAUUUGCAACAGAUUCACAAGUUGUAACACUUUGCAAAGCAUUACCAAAAUCGAAGUGAUAUCAUUGGGAAACUAGGCUGAUAAAAUGGUUUUCCUUGAUGUGUGUGCCUUGGGAAGGAAGAGUCUGUGCUGUGGAAUGAUUUUCAACAUUUGUUUAUUGCUCUUUUUUCACCACAACAGGAAUGAUCAGUGGAAAAGAGUAAGAUGUAUGUAUUUAAAGGAGCUUUUUUUUUUCAUUUUUUCUAUCUCCCUUGGACUGUCUGACAUAUUUUAAUUGUUAAUCUUGUUAAUCUUUUAGAGAAAUGCAGUGUUGCAUAUCAGUGUUAACAAGAGGAUCUGCAUUUGCGAAAGGAGCUCCGGCAGAUACUCUGACCUUAAAACAACAAGAUUGAGAUCUUAAGAAUUAAGAGUCUUAAGUCUUAAUUGAUUAAUAUUGUUUAUCUUCACUUUUUUCUUUCUUUCUUUUUUCUGUGUCAUAUUUCAACUCAUGGAAGUAUUUUCUCAGGAUUUUUUUUUUCUUCUUUCAUGGGAAUGGUUGCUAAAAGUUUGGAUAUCGAAUGGGUAUUUAUUUCUCAGUGUUACACUGUAGGCCAUGGUAUUCACACAUCCGUAAAUACUGCCUUACAAUAAUAAUAAUAUUAAUUAUUGAAAUUAUCAUAAUCAUAAUAUUAAUGAUGAUAAUAAUAGUAAUAAUGCAUUCAGUGAUUAUUUGUUAUUUGAGAUUUAGGUAAUAAAAAAGAGUAAUGAGUAGGAAAACUUUAGGUGGAGUUAAAGAUGAUGAUUGUCUUUAUUUUGUGGUCUGAAGUCUGCAGAAUGAUUCACAAAUGUUCAUCAGAGCUUAAGUAGUUGGUUGACCUCAAAAUGUCCUCACUCUCUAGGUAUUGUUGGUGGUGUGUCUCCUCCUUGUGGCUUUGCAAAAGGGUCAUGUGGCAUAGCUGACUUUGGUGAGUGUGAGAGUGAGAGAAUUAGACUGAGUUUGUCGUUUCUUUUCCUUUUUAGUCAAUGCAGGUCAUCAUCUUGGAUCUCCAAGAGUGAUUGCAUGCCAUUGCAGGCAGCAUACAUUACAUACAGAUUAUGCAAUAACAAAGUGAUAGUAAAAUUAUUACAUAUCUGCCUGAGGGGUUGGGGAUACGGGAUGGGGAUGGGGGGGGGAGUCCUUCCUCUGAAUCCGAGGUAAUUCAAACCAAAAUUGAUUGUCAUAAGACGCUCCAAGUUGUUUCCAAGGUAAAACUGAAUACACGUGCAUGUGUGUUUGUGUCUGUGUAUCUGUCUCUGUAUCAUUUUAUUUUUAUUUCUUUUUCUGCUAUUAUUUUUAUGUUUUUAGGUAGUUAUCCAUUACUUUUAUUAUGUGAUUCUUUAGAUUCUUUUUUAUUUUUCCUCCACUCAUAUUUUUAAUGAGCAGUUUUCAUUAAAGUUUAUUAUCUUUUUUUGCACUUGAAUCAUUUUGAUAUGUGAAAAUGCAUAAAA